GGCAGCGCCAGUUCAGUGCGAAUUUGUUCGAGAAAUCAAGCACACGUAGAGUACCUCCAGGCGUUCAAGUGCGAGUGACAAAGAUAGAGAAUUCGAGUGAAAAUUUUCGCAGUGAAGUGAAAAGUUCCAAUUAGAUUUUUCUUGCGUGAAAAUCAACAAAAGCAGAAGUUGCAUUUAUUCCUUAGAAAAGUCUCCCCGUAAGCUGCAACCAUUGAGAAAUACCAAUAUGCCGUCGAUAAUGAAUAGUAAUCGGGAACCAAUGUUUAGUAGUAGUAGUAGUAGUAGAAGUAGUAGUAGCGUCAAUAAACGCACUAUGUCUACCUCUUCCAACGCUACCACUAUGUCGACUGAAUCCUCCUACUGUAUCUCUCUCGGUGUUGGGCCUCUGUGGUGGUCCGAUGUCCCUGCCCACCACAGAACAGAUCACGAUAGGGCGUCACUUUUAAAUGAUUACAAUCGAAAAACUUCUGUAGCUUCAGCUUCAGGCUCGAGUAGUAAUUCGGAUGACUACUCUGAUACUGAAUUUUCUGAAUCAGCAUUUGAUGAUGUUCUUUCGACACGCUCCGAUGACGAUUGCCAUGAAGUAGUCAACAAGAUCGUUCAGCAAAAAACACCUACUCGCGUUCUUAUCAACUUGCAUGUAACUGAGAAUGCGAAGACCACCUGGGAUACGGUCUUGAAUCCAAUCAACAACAUCUUAUAUGUUGAUUUACCGGAGGUACUACCGCAGGAGGGAUCAAGACAAUCAUUCAUCUCCUUACUAGAAUUCGCUGAAGAGAAAUUGGAAGUGGAUGCGGUCGUACUUUGCAUGGCUAAAGAUCGUCAGGAUCGUUCGAAACUCGUCAAAACAUUUUUAUUCCUCGGCUUCCAACCGCUGAGCUCCAAGUCGCCAUUAGCUCCACCACGCGACGAACACCACGACGAGAAAAACUUGUUCCUCAUCUAUAAUAUCGAGGACUAAAUCAUCUUGCUGAUUCCAUUUAUCAAUAAACACAAUUUCGUGUGGAAGUAGAUUUUUGUCAAGUCCUUUUUCCUUUCAUUUCGUUGAUGAGUUUUCCACACAAAUAUGAUUUUUUUCCAUCAAAAAGAAAUAAUAAUUUAGACCCCGAACACAUGUAAAGGGUAAAAGGACACUUUUUUGCUUUUUUUCCAUUUAUGUAAGUCUUUGAUUCAUUUGGCUCUGCGUUCAAAUUAAUCCCAUAAACUUUCACUUUACUAACAAUUUACUAUAAAAUUCAAUGUCAGCUGAGUAUCUAAGCAUUACUACAUCACAUAUUUCGUAUCGGCUGACAAACCCCUUAAAAUUAACAUCUGGAUUAAGCUAUGUCUUUUCAAUGUAAUCAUUUAGGAGAAAUGCUGUAUCGUAUUUUAAAAAUAUAAAAAAUACAAAAAAAAAUUUAAAAAAUGAGAAAAUGUAAAAAAAAAAUAAAAAAACAAUGGAAAAUUACAAAAACAUAAAUUAGCAUAAGAGACAGAUAUGGAUAGAGUGCACUACACUAUUGUUUAUAGAGAAAUUUUCAUACUAAAUUUUUGUAAUAGCAACACCAAAAUUGAGCCUGUACGCGUUUCUGUCUAAACAUAAAACUAGUGGUUUUCAAAUUGAAAUUUCUCUUCCGGUAAAACGGGCUCAAUUUUCCGAUUUCAAUUUCAUGCUACUUUAUUCGUUCCGAAAAUAUAACUUAUUGAUCAACCACAAUAGGGCAAGAGGCGUUAAAAAGUGUGAUAAUGUAUAAUUGUACAAAUUUGUGCAAAUUAUUGUUUAAUUGUUUGAAUCAAUUCAAAUGGUUUUUUAUAAAAACGCGUUACAAGCACAGUAUUUUUUAUAAGAGCAAUUUAGAACCACCACGUAUUACUUGAAAGAUCCCAACUAACAACUUCAAGAGCAAAAGUGUGCUGCUGUGUUUCAAAUAGAAAACAAAACAACAAUUGAGAAUCCCUUUUUGUAACCUUUUCAUCCUAUUGGAUUGUGUUUUGUCGUCUCUUUCAUCGAACCACUGUAGAGUUUUAAGCAAAUAUUGCUAGGUCUGUUUUGAUAUGGACAUUUCUUAAUCAUAAUCAUUGUAUACAUAAAAAGUACAUUCAAUUCAAGUAGUUUUUUCUGUUAUUUUUAGAGAUUUUUAUUCAAUGUCUUACUUUAUAAAUGCAUAUUUAUUCUGUAAACGAGCAGAAAGUGAAUAUCGAUAAGUGUUCCUUUUGUUUCGGACUAUUUUGUUAUAUAUUUUUAAAUACGAUAUGGUUUAAAUAAUGAAAUACAUGUAUUCUCUUUAUCACACAUUUGCUAAAAUUUAUAUAUGUUCAAAAUAAAGUACGUGAAAAUAA